AUGGCUACAUCGAAUAAUUCUCAAACUUCAAAUACUAUAGAAGAAUGUUCAAUUUGUUUGAGUCCAUUGACACAACAAGGUCUUGAUAUAUUUACUACAGCAUGUAAACAUCAAUUUCAUUUUCAAUGUUUGGCAAAAAAUGUUCAAGCACAAAACAAUGAAUGUCCUCUGUGCCGAAUUCGUCUUGAUUCAUUAGUUAAUAUUCUUAAUGCAUCAUCAAAUGCUAAUACAUCCUUACCUAUUCAACAGCCCCCAGCGCAACCAAUAAUACCCACACAAACUCCACCACCAGCAAAUAAUACAGGUGUUUGGAAUACAAUAACGAAAUCAUUAAGUCAUGCGUUUAGUUGGAUUAGUAGUGGUUCGAAUAGACCUGUUUCCUCCUCUAAUCGUAACAAUAGACAGUCUACAUCGAGUUUUUCUACUAAUACACCGUCAUCAGAAGAUCUUGUUGAUGAAGAAGCUGUUCGUAUUCUUUCAGCUCGUAUUAAUACUGCUCGACGACAAUCUAUCGAAGGUCAUACUCAAUUUCCUUUGAUUACUGUGACUACUACAUUAGAAUUUGCUGGUCAAGAAUCAACAAAAGAAUCAAAUAUUUAUGGAAUGGUUACAUUAAAAGCUCCAUCAUUACUUUCAAAGACAGCAAGCGAAAAAGAACUUGAUGAAUUACAUGUUCCAAUUGAUCUUAUUUGUAUUGUUGAUCAAAGUGGUUCAAUGUCAGGAGACAAAAUAGCUUUAUUAAAACAUACAUUAAAUUAUAUUGUUGAUCAAAUGGGUUCAUUAGAUCGAUUAGCUAUUAUUUCAUUUCAUACCACAGCAUUCGAUCGAUCGAAAGGUCUUAAAUUAAUGACAACAGAAAAUAAACAAACUCUUCGAAAUGCAAUCACACGUCAUAUUCAAGCAGAUGGUGGUACAUAUAUUGGUAGCGGUCUUGAAAUGGCAAUUCAAUUAUUAAGAAAUCGUCGAACAACUAAUCCACUAGGUGCUAUGCUUCUUCUAACUGAUGGUCAAGAUAAUCAAUAUCAUGAUUAUUCAUCAUUAAUGGAAUCAUUACCUGAAGGUGUUGUUUGUCAUACAUUUGGUUAUGGAUCUGAUCAUAAUGCUGCUUUACUUUCUCGUUUGGCUGAACAAGGUCAUGGAGGUACGUUUACUUAUAUUGAUCAAGUUGAUGCAGUUGGUCAUGCAUUUGCUACAGCACUUGGUGGACUUUUUACAUGUAUUGCAAAACAAUUACGCAUUAAAUUAGAAUUCAAUAAUGAUUAUAAAAUUACUCAUGCUCAUACAAUUUAUCAAUAUGAACCAAAACAUUUACCAUCUCGUGAAAUAACAUUUAAAAUGACUGAUCUCAAUGCUGAUGAAAGUCGAAAUCUUGUUUUUCAAUUACAUGUACCAAAAAUGAAUCCAUCAAAUGAAAACGAUUCAAAUGAUCAUACCAUUGGUCAUGUAUCUCUUGAAUAUAUAGAUGCUAAUACUGAUCAGACAAUGCGUAUUCCUCCUAUUCCUUUUGUACUUGCUCGUCCAAAUCAAAUCGAUCCUCAAUCAUCACUUCUACAAGUCAAUUAUGAACUUGAUAUACAACGUAAUCGAGCUGAAACAAGUCAUGUAUUGAAACAAGCAGUCGACGAAAAUAAUUACGAACGUGCUCGUGAUAUGAUCAAUGCUCAAAUAGCAAAAAUUCGUUCAUCAGUUUCAGCUCAAAAUCCAUUAUGUCAACAACUAAUACGUGAUUUAGAACAUCAAUAUUCAAGUCAUCACGAAUUUCGAACAACAAUGACAAAUAUGUAUAUGCAACAUGGACAAGAACGUGCAACAUAUUCAACGAUUGCAACAAUUAGUGCAAAUUGUUAUAUGACAUCAGGUCAAGAACGUUUCCGAAAAAAAUAUAUAUCUUAA